AUGGCGGAAAAGAAAAAUCUCUCUUCAAAUGACCCCGAAGCUGGCACCGUCGAGGAAUUUGGGUAUGAUCCGGCCUACCGGCGAGUGUUUCAGGGCUUGGCUACAUUCUCGCUCGUGUUGGCUACAGCAUCUCCAAUGACCGGUAUUUUCAUUCAAUCGCCAUACCAAAUUGUCUAUGGAGGCUAUUGGGGCUUAGUAUGGGGCUGGAUUAUUCCUGCCGUCUUCAUGAUUCCCCAAGCCCUCGCAGUGGCCGAGCUCUGCUCGUCAAUGCCCAUUAACGGUGCUUUCUACUGGUGGACGGCGGCCUUGGCUCCUCCGUCCUGGUCACGUCCACUGUCUUUUAUAUCGGGCUGGACCAAUGUCUUCCAGCUGAUUACGAGCUGUGCUGGAUUGGGAUACGCUUGCGCGACGACUCUGACAUCGAUGGGCGCGGCACUCAAUCCCUCUUGGACUCCAACAAACGCAGAGACUAUGGCCAUCUCAAUGGCAAUUAUGCUUCUCUACAGCCUCCUCAUUGGAAUCCGAAUGGAGCAGCUAUCUUGGAUUUUGAUCUCCGCAGCUGCCGCCGUCCUCAUCACCACCGUCUUAUUUAUCAUCGCGUUUCCGGUCAGCACUGCGACUCAGCAUAUCGGCUUUGCCAAGGCAUCUGAUGUCUUCGGGAACUAUACCAACUACUCUCUCUGGAACGACAAUGCCGCGACCCAAUUCACCUUUUUCGCCGCCGCCUGGGUCAUCACAGGCUGGGCCGGCCCAGCAUUCGUCGCCGAAGAAACCCAUAACGCCUCGAUCAUCGCUCCCCAAUCCAUCUUGAAGACCUACGCCGCGCAAGCUAUCAUGGGCAUCAUCGUCUGCCUGAUCUGCGCCUUCUGCAUUGUAGACAUGGACACCCUCGCCCACUCCGCGGGCUACCCGAUAUACGACCUCAUUCUCUCGCGCUGGGGCACCCAACUCGGCGCAGCCUUCAUCCUGCUCAUCAUCAUCGUCACCAUCAUCGGCGGCUCCUCCGCAAUCCUCACCGCAGCCAGCCAAAUCGCAGCCUUCGCCCGCGACGGCGGCACCCCGUUCGCCACACUUUUCAGCCGCGUCAACCCGCGCACCAAUAUGCCCGCGCCUGCCAUCCUCGCCCUCCUCGUCGGCACCCUGGCCAUCCUGCUCUUCAGCCUCUCCACCAACGCUGCCUCCAUCAUCUACUCGCUCACCGUAAUCGCCUCCUUGACAACCUACAUCCUGCCCAUCGUGCUGCGCCUGUUCGCCGGCCCGCGCUUCGUCCCGGGCCCCUGGCACUACGGCCGCUUCAGCAAGCCCAUCCAUGCUCUCGCCGCCCUCUGCCAGAUCUACUUCAUCGUGAUCGAGUCAUUCCCGACUACAACGCCUGUGCCAACGGCCGCAUCCUUUAAUUACAACUGGGUCCUGACUGUCGGGGUCAUGGGCGCCGCGGUGGGGUUGUGGUUUUUGCAGGGACAUGCCUUUGCGGAUUUAUCGGGGCAGAUUGCGAGACAUCAUCAGCAAGCUAGGGGUAGCCAUGAGGAGAAGGAGUGA